AUGUCAUCGUCGAAUGCAUUCGUCACAUUAGCCACAAAUGAUUCUUAUGCUCUUGGAGCACUUGUACUUGCUGAAUCUAUUCGAAAAGUUGGAACAAGUGCAAAACUAGUUGUACUUAUAUCAAAUCAUUUAUCUGAUUUAAUCAAACAAACAUUAGAAACAAGUUUCGAUGAAUUAGUAAUUGUUGAAGAAUUAAAUUCGAAUGAUGUGGAACAUUUAACUUUAUUAUCUCGACCAGAACUUGGAAUAACAUUUACAAAAAUUAAUUGUUGGUUAUUAGAACAAUANNNNAUUAUAAUUGAAACAAUUAAUUUGUCAUCGAGAGAAUAUUGA